AUGGUUGUAAUGAUGAAACUGCCGCAAGAUGUGGUUAUUAAUAUACUUUUGAUGCUUCCAGUCAAAUCUCUCAUGAGACUCAAAUGUCUUUCAAAAUCUUGUUACACUCUCGUGCAAUCCUCUACUUUUGUGAAUCUUCAUCUUAACCGUCCCACAACAUUCAGAGAUGGCUUAAUUCUUUUUAAACGCUCAAUCAAACAAGAUGAUGACCUACAUAAAACUAUCUUGUCUUUUCUUUCAGGUGAUGAUGAGAAUCAUCUCAGCCCCAUUAAUCCAGAUCUAGAUGUGCCUUGUAUGACCUCUAAUUAUAGCAAUGACUUUGAUCAAUUUAUUGGUCCUUGCCAAGGUAUAGUUGCUUUGAUGGAUAACCUUACAACUGUAUUAUUUAAUCCAUCCACUAGAAAUUAUAGGAUGCUUCCACCCAGUCCUUUCAAUAUACCACCGCCUUUCAGUUAUGCUAUUGAAUGCGUAGGGUUUGGCUUUGACAAUAUAUCAAAUGAUUACAAAGUUAUUAGAAUUCUGGACGUUUAUCUGGAAGACCAUGGGUACCCUCAAGAUUUUGAGAAAAAAAUUGAGGUUUAUGAUGUGGAUAUUGAUUUUUGGAGAGAAUUGGAUCACGCCGAUCAAAAUUUCCCCACUAUAUAUUGGUUGCCUAGUUCUCAGAUGUUUUACCAGGGGUCUUGUCAUUGGAUUGGAAUCUCGAUAGAAGACGCACUGGUAAUUCUUUCUUUUGAUUUGAGUACUGAGACGUUUCACACAGCAAAAACGCCCGACAGUUGUUAUUUUAUGAAUGGUCCGUCUUAUGGCCUAGCUGUCUUGAAUGAUACUUUUACAUUAAUUUGUUAUCCACGAACAGAAAGAGCUAAGAAUACAAAUGAAUUUACAUACAUAUGGCUUAGGAAGGAUUACAGUGGAUGUGAUUCCUGGAUUAAGAAAUAUACAAUUAAAGGUCUUCCUAUUCAAUCUCCAUUGGCAAUUUGGAGAGAAUGUUUACUACUCUUUCAAUGCAGUAAUGGAUUUUUGAUGUCUUGCAAUCUUCGUUCAAAUGAAGUCAGUGAGUACAAUUUACACGGUUCUCCUACAAGUCUAAGAGUUAUAAUUUACAAGGAAAGCUUAACUCUAAUUCCAAGAGGAUACGGGAGUAGCACACAAAUUGAAAAAUUUUAG